AUGCUCGGUGGCCGAGACUAUGUCUCCAAGCCAUUUCUGUCCGCCUAUGUGGACGUCAACUACGCCAUGUGUCCUUACACUCGUCGAUGUAUUAGUGGAUUUCUGAUCUUGUUAUUUAACAACCUCAUCUCUUGGUUGUCCAAGAAGCAAGGCAUUGUGACUCUGUCCACCACCGCGGCCGAGUUUGUGGCUCUUGCCCUUUGCAUUCAAGAAUGUUUAUACAUUCAGCAACUCGCUGCUGAACUACGUCACACUAGUGAUCAAACGAUUUCAGUCCAUGAGGACAACCAAUCCGCCAUCAGUUUUUUGGACAUCAAAAUGCGCGGGAACACGUGUGAGGUCAUGGUUGUCUUCGAGCUGUGGCUGACAGCGUUCAUUUUCAUUUUCAAUGGAGGAGACAGAGGAGGUACAGCCAAGACGGAAGCCCAGAGACCGCCCAGCACUGUGUGUCUGUCUGAUGGGUCCAAGAAGCGCGUCAAAAUGGUCAAGAACGUCCAUGUCACGUACAAGAAGAAGCAAGUGGUGAUCAAAUGCUUCUACACCAAUGGCAUAGCAAGGACCCUCGACGUUCAUUUCCACCGCCUGCAUGGCUCAUCCCGAGAUUCUGCCCGGAAGAAGUGUACAACCAGCUGCAGCAAGGCGACUUAA